CCAGAUUUUCUCUUACACAAACCCUCACUCUCUCUUCUUCCUCACACACACUAAAAUCUACAAUUUUUUUGUUAUACAUAUAUAUACAUCUUAUAUAUAUAUAGAUAGAGAGAGAGAAAGUAUAGAGGGAGAGAAAAAAAAAGUAUGGAUUCAGAUCAAGCAAAGCUAUUUAUUGGUGGGAUAUCAUGGGAAACAUCAGAGGAGAAGAUGAAGGAGUAUUUUCAAGGGUAUGGUGAUGUUUUACAGACCGUAGUAAUGAGGGAUAAGAUUACUGGGAAGCCUAGAGGAUUUGGGUUUGUUGUAUUUGCAGAUCCUAGUGUUCUUGAUAGGGUUCUUCAGGAUACCCAUGUAAUUGAUGGACGUACGGUUGAGGCUAAGAGGGCCUUGUCCAGAGAGGAACAACAGGGUCCAAAAUCUGGAAAUAUGGGUAGUGCUAGAAGUUUUGGAGGCGGUGGAAAUACCAGGACUAAGAAAAUAUUUGUUGGGGGAUUGCCUCCUACUCUGACUGAGGAUGGCUUUAGAACUUACUUUGAAACUUACGGUAAUGUCACUGAUGUCGCAAUUAUGUUUGAUCAACAGACCAACCGACCUCGUGGGUUUGGCUUCAUUUCAUUUGAUUCUGAAGACGCAGUAGAUAGGGUUUUGCACAAGACAUAUCAUGAUCUCAGUGGGAAACAAGUAGAAGUAAAACGUGCUCUUCCUAAAGAUGGUAAUUCUGGUUUUGGUGGUCGUUCCACAGGCAACGGUGGUAGUGGUAUGGGUGGUGGAAGUUACCAGGGGUAUGGUGCAUCUGGUGACAAUCCCAGUUCUUAUGACAGAAUGGAUACCAACAGAUACAUGCAAUCACAAAACACCGGAGGUGGUUUUCCAUCUUAUGGUUCCUCCGGAUAUGGUACCGCAGGUUAUGGUUAUGGAUCGUCCAACAAUGGCAUGGGUUAUGGUGCUUAUGGAAGUUACGGUGGAGCCAAUCCUGGCUAUGGGGGUGUCAAUCCUGGAUAUGGUAGUCCUGCAGUUGCUGCCUUCGGAAAUCCAAAUGUGCCCGGUACUGGUUAUGGUAGUGGUCAAGCUGGUGGACCAAGAAGCUCGUGGGGCUCUCAGAUUCCUUCUGGAUAUGGAAAUAUGGGCUAUGGUAAUGCAUCCUGGGGUGCUUCAAGUGCAGGUGGUGGAGGUGGGGCUGCUAACGGAGGAUCUGCUACUGGCCAGUCUCCAACUGGGGCCACAGGAUAUGGAAAUCAAGGUUAUGGCUAUGGUGGAUAUGGCGUAAAUGAUGGUGCUUAUGGAAAUCCAUCUAUUGGAGGUGGUGCAUCGGGAGACAUGCAAUCAGGUGGAGGUUACAUGGGCAGUGGCUAUGGCGAUGCUAAUGGAAAUUCAACAUUGAGGUCUGAUACCUCACAAGGUUCUGGUAAUUAUGGUGCUCAGCAAAAUGGAACCUAUGGUGGUGGCUAUGGUGGUGUUCCAAGUCGGCAGGCUCAACAGCACUGAUCAUAGUGCUCGAUUUCAUCCAUUAACUCACCUAUAGCUGGAGUGGAGGGCUUCGCCUACUGGUUUCGUUCCACAUACAGUUAAUUCUUGCAAGCAUUAUAUGCUAAAUGGGAUUGGUUGGAUUGCUUUAAUUUUUGAAGUUUGCAGUUGUUUCAAGUUUACAACAAGUAUUUGUCACUAGUAUUUGCCUAUUUCGUAAUAUUUUCUGUUAACUGUA